GGAGGGCAGCACCAUGACUCAUUUGCAGGCAGGUCUGUCCCCUGAGACUCUGGAGAAAGCGCGGCUGGAGCUGAACGAGAACCCCGACACCUUGCACCAGGACAUCCAGGAGGUGCGGGACAUGGUGAUCACCCGGCCGGACAUUGGCUUCCUGCGCACCGACGAUGCCUUCAUCCUGCGUUUCCUGCGGGCCAGGAAGUUUCAGCACUUCGAGGCGUUUCGCCUCCUGGCCCAGUACUUCGAGUAUCGCCAGCAAAACCUGGACAUGUUCAAGAGCUUCAAGGCCACCGACCCGGGCAUCAAGCAGGCGCUGAAGGACGGCUUCCCCGGAGGGCUGGCCAACCUGGACCACUAUGGCAGGAAGAUCCUCGUCCUCUUUGCUGCCAACUGGGACCAGAGCAGGUACACACUGGUGGAUAUUUUGCGUGCCAUACUUCUUUCUCUAGAAGCCAUGAUCGAAGACCCCGAGCUUCAAGUGAAUGGAUUUGUUUUGAUUAUAGACUGGAGCAACUUCACCUUCAAGCAGGCCUCCAAGCUGACUCCAAGCAUGCUUAGAUUAGCCAUAGAGGGCCUUCAGGACAGUUUUCCAGCUCGGUUUGGAGGAAUACAUUUCGUCAAUCAGCCGUGGUAUAUCCAUGCCCUCUACACAGUUAUACGGCCCUUUUUAAAGGAGAAGACACGAAAAAGGAUAUUCUUGCAUGGAAAUAAUCUCAACAGUCUGCAUCAGCUAAUCCAUCCUGAGAUCCUACCCUCAGAGUUUGGAGGCAUGUUGCCCCCCUACGACAUGGGGACUUGGGCAAGAACACUGCUGGACCACGAAUACGAUGAUGACAGUGAAUGCAAUGCUGACUCAUACAACACUCCUGCAAAAGAUAUAGAUAAAGACCUUUCUCCCAAAUCCAUGAAAAGGUCUCAAUCAGUUGUGGAUCCUGGGGUGCUAAAACGCAUGGAUAAGAAUGAGGAAGAAAACAUGCAGCCUUUGCUUUCGCUUGACUAACGGUUCCUGAGCACUGAAGAUGAACUGAGGUGGAAGCACUGCCUCUUAGUAGCAAGCAAACCACUGGGAAAGAAUCUACCAGCUGGAAUUCUAUUUACUCAUGUUAAUGUAGCAUAAUGGAAGCAGGCAGCAGGUUUUACCAUUCUGCCUGAAUUCUGGAUGCCCUGGGGUGAAAAAGAAAAGAAGAGGAAAAAAAAAGAAAACAAUAAAAAAAAA